AUGGGUAAGCUACAAACCUUUCUCGAAGAAUUUAAAGCUGCUUUUUACAGUGAUGACGUAGAGUGCCAACUUCGAGUUCACGAAAAGCUCGAAAAUCACUACCAUCAUCAUCCUAAUCUCCGGAAAAUCUCCCAGAAGUGUGCAGAGUAUCAAAAGUUCCUUGAAGAAAUAGAUUGCUAUGACAUGUGUCUUGAAUUGCUAUUAAAUAACGACUGAGAUCUUGAGUAUGAAGGCAACGAUAUUCUUGUCGAAAGCAGAGGAUCAGGGGCAGAUUUUGUGUCACGUGCAAGUCUUCUGAUUAAUGCUUCAAUCUUGCCCACACUUUCAGUUAUUACGGAGACUGAUUUAUUAAGCACAUGGUAAUUUAGAUGUAGGGUUCAAGUACUGAACGGAGUCGAAAUUAUUGCAGAGCCUACAAAUUCAAGAAAGCUUGGGUUUUACAAUUUUUGGUUCCCUUGGCCGCUCUCUGAUAGACAGUGCGUUUUGGAAUUCAGCGCAUAUCCUGUAAGGUCUGAGCAAGGGGUUUUAAUAAUGAUGAAGACCCCAGAAACUUCGAAAUAUCUAGGUGCUGAGAUACCGGCAGCUGCAGAAGGAUUGGCUAGGAUGAAUAUUCCGAUCGGGGGAGUAUUUGUUCAAUAUAUUUCACCAAUAUUAACUAAAGUUGUUAUUGUGGUUCAGGCAAAUGGAAAUAUUGUAUUAUUUAUUUAGAGUUCUGUACCUGAUUGACUAUUCAACUUUGGGACAAAGAGAAUCAUGUAUUACUUAAUGGACGCUUUGAGGAACCAAGUCCUAAAUUUCCAAGGAAGUAUAUAUGAAAGAAGAGUUGCUGAGAGAGAGGAAUACUAUCGAUUUAUUUGCCAGUAUAUACAGCAUAACAUUGGAGACUAA